GGCCGCGUGAGCGCGCGUCGCAAAUUAUAAGUACGUAACCUAAAUUCGCGUAAAACAAAUAAAUAAACCGUUGAAUGAUGGAAACAGUUCGAUUCCCAAAAUCGCGUUUUUCGACGAAUUUCAUCGAAAUAAUUCUCGUGUAGUGAUGGUUAUAGUGUUCAAAAAAGGUUUUGUGUUGUGUUGUGAUCUCUUUGGAUUGAUUUCAGUAUAACUGGUUCUUGCAAUGGUAUUUUGGAAAAAAUAAUUCAAAACGUAGUGCCAAGUGAAAUUAAUAUGUCGGAUAAAGAUAACAAAUUGGACAGACUUAAAAAUCGUCUGGUUAAACUGCACGCUAAAAUUCACGAUCGCGUAGAAGAUUUUCAAGAUCAAGUACAAACAAGAAUAGAGAGAUCGAAGUUGUCACGGUUCGUGUCCCAUUUGUCGGAUGAAAGAAGCUACUUGGAUGAAAGUUCUUUGGACAAAGACACGGAUGAAAUAUCGUCGAUCGAAUCGAGCGAAAUUGAGCGAAAAAAUUCUAGUAUACCAUCUUUAAUAGUCGACGAACCUAAUUUAAAUGUGGAUCCGAAACAAAUAUGCAAGGAUUUCUUGACGAUUGAAAAAAAUGGUGUCCUUUAUCGAAGGUGUGUGUCGACAUCGAAUCUUGCAGCGGACAAUGAUUCCAAUUUCUAUAGUUCGAGUGAUUCGUGUUUUUCCUGCCUCUCUUCAAGCGAUGAAAGAACUUCAGAAAUAAGACCUCGUGCCGGCAGCUUACCACCAGGUCAUAUACUCGACAUUCCAUCGGCGAUCAAUUCCUGUUCAGACCUGAUAGAAAAAAUCGGCAACCGGUUUCCGAGACUAAAGAGCAAAGGCGAUAGAAUUCAUAGGUAUUUGUUGAAAAACACAAGGCUUAGCGACGUUAACAAGAGACUGAAGGCACAAAUAUGGAGUUCCGUGGUGACUAUAGUUCUAGUUGAAGCGAAAAACCUACCAGCGAUGGACUUGGACUCCAGGUCCAGCGAUCCUUAUUGUAAAUUUAGAUUAGGUAACGAAAAAUACAAAAGUAAGGUAGUGUGGAAGACUCUCCACCCUUCAUGGCUGGAACAAUUCGAUCUUCACUUGUAUGAUGAUCAGGAGCAAAUCUUAGAAGUAACGGUAUGGGAUAAGGACAAACAGACUAAGGAUGAUUUUUUAGGAAGAUGUACAAUAGAUCUCUCAAUAUUAGAAAGGGAGAAGACACACAACAUAUGGCAGGACCUCGAAGACGGUAAUGGACAAAUAUUUCUCCUAUUAACAAUAAGUGGUACCACACAAUCGGAAACAAUCACAGAUCUCGCUAGCUAUAGAGAAAACCCUAGGGAUGUUGAAAUUAUUGAGAGGAGAUAUGCGUGGCACAGACUAAACGAGACAACAAGUGGCGUCGGGUGGCUGUGCGUCAAAGUAUACGGUGCUAAGGGCUUAGCGGCUGCGGAUUUAGGAGGGAAGUCCGAUCCAUUCUGCGUAUUAGAACUCGGUAAUGCUAGGCUACAAACACAUACAGAGUAUAAAACACUCACACCGAACUGGAUGAAGAUAUUUACCUUCACAGUUAAGGACAUAAGUUCAAUAUUAGAAUUAACAGUGUACGAUGAAGACCACGAUCAUAAAGUCGAAUUCCUCGGUAAACUGGCAGUACCUUUGUUGAAUAUAAGAAAUGGGGAAAAACGGUGGUUCGCGCUAAAGGAUAAGAAGAUGAGGGCUAGAGCGAAGGGGAAUUACCCACAGAUCUUGUUGGAAAUGAGCGUCAUUUGGAAUCCACUUAAAGGAGCAAUCCGAGUUGUAAACCCAAAGGAACCCAAGUACAUGCAUCAGGAGGCUAAGUUUAAGAGGCAGUUGUUUAUUCGGAACGUAAUGAGACUGAAGGCUAUCAUUAUGUGGUUUAUAGAAGUCGGGAAAAUUUUACAAGAUUGUUUUGAAUGGGAAUCCAGGAUAAGAUCGUUCAUAGGUCUGCUAGCGUGGCUAGCGUUUUGUUACAACUAUCAAAUGUGGAUGUUACCCUUUUUAUUAUUAACCUUUUUCGCGAGAAACUGGCUUAUUUAUAGACUAACGGUUCCAUUAAAACGUUUCCGAUGUAAUCCGUGGGCGUGUCUGAAAGAAUUAUUUUGUAGCGGAAAUCCUUUGCUCUUACCUGUGGAUGAUGAUGAUCUACUAGCUGAGGAAGAUGACGAAGAAGAAGUAGACAAGGAGGAAAAGAAAUCUCUAAAAGAAAGAUUGCAAGCUAUACAAGAAGUAACACAAACAGUACAAAACGCCAUCGGUUACGUAGCUUCUUUAGGAGAAGCUGUAAAAAAUCUUAUGAACUUUACAGUGCCAUAUCUUAGUUAUAUAGCUAUAAUUAUGCUAAUGGGAGCCAUGUUCGUUUUAUAUUUGAUACCAUUAAGAUAUCUUCUCAUGGCGUGGGGUAUUAACAAAUUUACAAGAAAAAUACUACGUCCUCAUACGAUACCUAAUAAUGAAGUUAUCGACUUAUUAUCAAGAGUGCCAGAUGAUGAAACUUUGUUAGACAUCAGAGAACUCAAGCCCCAGCCGCCGGGUGACAACAGACGAGACGCCCGAAAGAAGAAGGCAGCGUAACAAAAAUAUUUAUUAUUGUUAAGAAAAAUAAAUAGUCACCUUUUUCAAGUGGUAACACUGUUGUUGUAAAAAUGAUAAUUUUAUUGAGUUGGAUGUAAGUGUAUCACAAAUCAAAACGUAAAUGAAAGUAAAAUUUUGUUUAAUUGAGUAUUGUCAUAUAAAUAAUUAAUACCAUUUUAGUAAUUUUUGUAUUACCGAUAAAAUUCUAUAUUAAUUUAAUAUUUUAAAAUGUUUUGUGUGUUGCAAAUGUUGACAAGAUAAUGUAAUGAAUAGUACCUCUUUUAGCGUCCAUUAGAAAUUGGUUCAUUGAAAGCAUUACAUAUAUUGUACUGUAAGUAUGGAUUUCGAAAUAAGUUUAUAUUGCUUAUGCAAGGUGCUGACUGUUGUAAAGUAAGCCGUUCGAAUAUAGUUACACUAUUAUUCUAAAAAAAUAAAAUAAUUUAAGUUACUGAAAUUAUUACGAGAGCCGAUUACUAUAUCAAUUUUAAUAAAGGCGUAUUAUUUUAAAGGAAAUGUAUGAAUGCUUUAUUAUUAAUAGUAUAUAAAGUUAUCGAUACAAUGAUUAUUAUUAAUUCACUCAUGAUUUUUGACACUUUUCACACUUAACCUUUUUAACGCAAUGAUACAAUUAUUUAUUAAUUAUAAUUAAAUUAUUUUACGUUAUAUAUAAAAAAAAAUGUACAAAUAGUUUGCGAGGUAUGAUCUGUGAUUUGAAAGCUCUUAGUUUAUGGUUGCAUGGAAGUCAUUUCUUGAUAAAAGUUUUCUAUAACACCAAUUGUAAAUAUGGUCCAAGACCAGCUGAAACCGUAUCUUGUUGUAUUCUUCCAUUUUUUGUUGUAUUCAUAGUUUUAGAUCUUUGAUAGGUUCCGCUAGUUAACUUUAUUAGAAUAUGACAUAGUUUAAAAUAAUAAUUCGAAUAUUAUAUUAAAAAUCGUUGCAUUUAUAAUAAGAAUGUAAAUAAUCAAAUUAAUAUUAUAAUGUGUAGGUAGAAUUUUUAAAAUGUACCAUUUUUUUGUAAGAAGUGUUAUAUUUUUUGUUAGUGUUGAUAUUUAUAAAAUAUUAUUAACGAUGUACGGUAACAUUUUCAUUAGAAAAAAACCGCAAUAGAAUAAGACUGAGACCAAUCUCAUGAGAACUUAGAAAUCAUAAAAUAAUACAAUAUUAAAUGAAUAAUUUACAUAUAUAAUACUUAUCUAAAUUCAAACAUUUCAAACUUUAACUUACUUCUAUGUAAGCUGUUUAAAGCUUAUUUAUAAUAGCAAGAUCCUAAUUAGAUUUGUUAAAAGUUUAUACUUGUAUAUUUAAAAAAAAAGUACUAUUUCCAAACCGUAUAUGAUUUUUACAAGAUACAAUUAAACGUUUGUUCAAUUAUAUUUAAAAACAUGGUAUUGGUCGCUUAAAUAAAGAGAAUACCGACAGUAUCAGCAAAUGAGUAGGUAGCAUUUUCAAAAACUACAAUUUCUACUAAAUAUUUAUAAUAAAAUCUUUACUUCUACCUAGAUUUGCUGUAUGAAAGUAAUAUUUUCCAUCAAAAUAUAAUAUCUAGUCAUGCGUUUUAACUUUCUGAACUGAAAUUAAUAUUUUAAAUUAUUUUACGCUAUUACCACAAUUAAGAGCACUUAUUCACUAAAAACGCACAUCAUGCACAUUUAAAAUAAAAUUAUUAUUAGCUGCGUCUUAUUGUGAUAUAAAUAAAAUUUAUAAUAUAUAAUUUAAAAUAAAAUUAUACUUCUUUUUGACCUUUUAACUUUAAGUGCUUCUAAUUUGUAUAGUCUUCCAAUAAGGAGGCAACAUUGGCGGUGUUUAUUUUACUCUAGUUGAAAUAAUAUUUUUCAUUAUUGUUUUAGUAGGCAUAUUGGAUUCGAUGUCAAUUGAAAAAAAGUUAAAAUUAUAAUUGAUUAAUUUUAAGUUUGUAUUAAAUUCCUUCUUAAUGAAAUAUGACAUUUAUUUAAAUGUUGAAAAAAUAAAAAAUAUAUACUUUGGCUAUCUUACAAAUACAUUCGCUGUGCAAUUUAGCAAAUAUUUUUAU